CUUUAUUUCACAUCGGUUUGCGGCAAAGAAUUCUUAUCUCAGAAACGCUCGGCUCUCAAUUCAACCGACCAUAAACAAAUCGUUUUCCGUGUAUAACAACUUCCUCGUUCGCGACUCGACCGGCACGAACAUACCCUAACCGGAGCCACCAACAACCCCCAAUACCACGCAAUAAAGCAAUCUUCGCAACGGCCCGGCUUCCUCAGUUCCGCUCCGUGUCAGUUCCUCGAGAAAUUAUAAAAGAACAUAUCAACAUGAGCUACUUCCGCGUCACCCUCAUCCGCUCUGCGAUCGGUCUUCCCCGACGAACAACAGACGUGCUUAAGGCACUCGGGCUCAAGAAGCGCAUGGCCACUGUUUUCCACCCCGUCUCCCAAUCAACAGUUGGACAGAUCAUGAAAGUGAAGGAACUCGUCGAAGUUCAGGAGGUCGAAAAGCGAAUGACGAAGCAAGAGAUACAUUUGGAGCGGAAGCCCGACCCAGGAUACUAUGUUGAGAGAACGUCGGCGAUGGAAUGGGCUGAGAAGAGGAGCGAGUAGAGGAAGGAUAUAUCUCUCCUCCUCAUUCUAUCUUUCUUUGUAUGAAUAUGGACACUCUAUCUCUGGGUUUUCUUUGCGUGUAUAAAUCUUUAUGUUGCUUUUCUUUUUUUUGAAUUGGGGUUUAUCUGGAGUUUGGAUUGAGAAUCGACGAUAUUGGUUGGCUGAGAGAACACAGGAAGAUCGAGUUGAAAGGACAGUAAUGCUUAUUACUUCAAUUGCAUUGAGCGAUGCCACUUUUGUCACUGUACUAUAUAUAUACACCUAUAUCUUCCUAUUUAGAUUUGGGAAUCUUGAACUUUGAAACACUGAUA